AUGGCUAAUCAAGAAUCAAUGAAACAAUUCACUGUUACUGAAUCUGUUUCACCAGAAGAUAUUCUUAAAGUUGCUGCUGAAACCUUACUAAAAUCUCAACAUGUAUGCGAAAAAAACAAUCCGAAAUUUGUUGCUGAUCAUGUUAAAACUAAAUUACAAGAAUUUAAUUUUAUUGUCUGUGGUGCACCACGGACAGGUAAAAGUACAUUAAUCAAUGCAAUUAUAAAUAAAAAUAUAGCUCCGACUAGAUCAGGUUCUUCUGCUGUCACAUUAGAAACAAAAUGUUAUUCACUUGAAGGUACUUGUCCAGAACAAAUCGAUGAAAAAAAAAGUGAAAAAUCACAAGAAGCUCAAGAAUUUCGUAUUAAUAUAUGGGAUACAAAAGGUAUUACAACAUGGGAUAAAUCCAUUGCUGAUAUUAUUCAUGAAAAAAAUCCAAUGUGUAUGAUAUUAUGUUCAUCUCCAGGUUCAUUUGCUAAUGAUGAAUUUAUUCGUCCAUUAAUUAAUCAAUGUUUAAUUUUGAAAAUAUUUGUUGCACUUGUUUGUACUAAUCAAUGGAAUGAUAGUGAUGAAAAACGAACUAAAGUUAUAGAAGAAUUUACUGAUCUGUUAAAAGUAUACAAAACAGAAACUCAUGAAGAAAAUGGAAUUGUUUAUUAUGGUAAUAUUGGAUUGAUAGCAAUGGUGAAUAGUAUUCCAUAUUCUAAUCGACGAACUGGUAUUUAUAAACCAAAAAGUGGUGUUAAUAGCUUGAUUUAUGGUAUAAUGAAAUCAUUGAAUGAAGAUCACUUAUUAGGAUGGUGUUAUACUCUUAUGGAAAAUGAUGGAUUUUGGUCACAAAUGCAAAUACAAAUUGAAGAAUUUUUCGCACAAAAAUUUACUUAUGGUAAAUCAAUAUUGUGGUCAAUAUCAAAAGGACUAACCUGGUUUCGGAAAUAG